CUUCAUGUUAGAGAUGGCAAAACGCCAACACAAGAUGGCGAACGAAUUUCAUGCUAAGCCUAGAGAACACGCUGUUUAAUAAAAGAUGGAAAAUUCAGUGGAUGCUACCCCGUUAACGGAUAGACAACGUGCUAGAAUUGAGCGAAACAGGCAGCGUGCUAUACUGUUGAGAAACGCCAGGCUUGCCAACCAUCCUUAUCUUGGUAAAAGUGCUAAUAACACUUCUGAUAAACAUAAUAAUUUUGAAGUUGCAACACCGGUAAACGGUGGCGUAGUUACAAGUCGUACUGUUGACACCGGAGGAGGAUUUUUCAUUGACCUAGAGGAACAACUAGAAGCUGAAAAAGAAUUGAAAAUCGUCCACGAACCAGUAUCUGAGCUUGGCAAAGAUUGGCCGAGAUGUAACGAGUGUUGCAAAGAAUUCAUUGAUUCAUUUUUGUUAAAAAAUUACAGUGUUGCAGUUUGCGAUGGUUGUAGAGAUAAUGAAGAAAAACAUGCAUUAAUCACUAAAACAGAUGCAAAAACACACUUUCUGCUGAAAGACUGUGAUUUGGACAAACGCGAACCCCCGUUGAAAUGCAUCGUGAAGAAAAAUCCACACAAGUCGACUUGGGGCGACAUGAAACUGUAUCUAAAAAGUCAGGUAUUUGCAAGAUCUUUAGAGGUGUGGGGUGACGAGGAAGCGAUGGAAGAGGAAAGGGAGCGAAGAGCAAAUGCGAGAGAGAAGAGAAAAGAAAAACAAUUUGACAAAAAAGUCAAAGAACUACGACGAGCAGUGAGGACAAGCACGUGGAAAAAAAACUCUUCGCAUCACGUGCACGAGUUUCCCGCCAAUGGGGAGCCUGGGGAGGAGGUUUACGACGAAAAAACCGACACGUGGACGAAGACAUGCCGAACAUGUGGCUACAGCGUGACUUAUGAAAAAAUGUAAAAUCUCUAAAAAAAGUACUUGGCACUGCGUAUAGCAGAAUUUAUUUUCUAAUUUUGUAGAAACGCCACAAUUUGCUAAAUCAACGCAACCUGUUAUGUUUCGCACAGUUGACAAAUCCGUAUGAAAACAUGACCUGUUAUUUACGUAGAUAGUUUGUAUUUCCCAUAGGUUAUUUUUGUUGUAAAAAUGUAAAUAAAUAGAUGAACAGUUCCUAUCUA